CCGUGCCCGGAUACGCCAGAUGGAUAUAGUUGGACGCGGCGGACGCAUCAUUACGCACAAGACGAACCACUGAGAAAACAAGGGAAAAGGAUAUAUAUACAUAUAUACACGAACUGAUCGUUUGCAUCACUGCGUUUAAUGGAUACCGGUUGUUUCACCGCGGCGCAGCGUAUUUCGUGCCACGCCAUGAAUGCGGAUUUAUUUAAGCCCGCUCCGGAGCGUGGACCCCAACAGUCCUCUGCCCCGGUGAAAACCAGCAGGAAUAAACCCGAACAAACCAAACCAGAGCUGGCCCAGGUGGUGACAGACUCCAAAACGGGAAGAUCCUACAGUAAAGGGAAGCUUUUGGGAAAGGGUGGCUUUGCUCGAUGCUACGAGAUGACAGACCUCUCCACCAACAAAAUGUAUGCCGUGAAGGUGAUUCCACAGAGCAGGGUGUCCAAACCACACCAAAGGGACAAGAUCACGAAUGAGAUCGAGCUCCACAAAACCCUGUCGCACAAGCAUGUGGUGAAAUUCUCUCAUCAUUUCGAAGACCAAGAAAACAUCUACAUAUUCCUCGAGCUCUGCAGUAGGAAGUCCCUGGCACACAUUUGGAAGGCGAGGCACACGCUCACAGAGCCUGAAGUCCGAUAUUACCUCAAACAGAUCAUAUCCGGCCUCAAGUACCUCCACAGCAAAGGGAUCCUGCACCGAGAUCUCAAACUAGGCAACUUCUUUGUCAACGAGAACAUGGAGCUGCGGCUGGGAGACUUCGGCCUCGCUGCUAAGCUGGAGACAGUCGAGCAGAGGAAAAAAACAAUCUGUGGGACUCCAAACUACUUGGCCCCUGAAGUGCUCAACAGACAGGGCCACGGCACUGAGUCUGACGUCUGGUCACUCGGAUGUGUCAUGUACACGCUGAUGUGUGGCAACCCUCCUUUUGAGACUCUUGAUCUAAAGGAGACCUACAAGUGUAUAAAGGAAGUUCGGUACACCUUGCCAUCCUCGCUUUCCCCUGCCGCACAGAAACUCAUCUCAGGCAUCCUGCAGAAAAACCCCAGCGACAGACUCGCACUGGAUCAAAUCCUCAACCACGAAUUCUUCACCAAAGGUUUCACCCCUGAUAAGCUUCCACCCAGCAGCUGUGUGAUGGUGCCAGAGCUCCACCCCCCUAGCCCUGCCAAGAAAUUCUUCACUAAGAUGGCAAAGAGCUUCUUUGGCAAGAAGAAGGCGAAAGUGGAGAAGAUUCCAUGUGAGGAAAAAGAUGACAAAGACAUUUCCAAGCUGGUGUCUGGCAUCGUUAAAUGUUCCAUCAGCAGGCAGAUCAGCUGCAAGACAGUGGGACCCAAUGAGGUGCCCUCUCCCGUCAAUCAGCUUGUCAGCUCCGUGCCUCUGGAACCGACUCCUGCUGAAGAGGAAUCCAGGAAGUCAAUCUCUCGCUCCUUCAAGGGCACCACGGCCAGCAGCAGCGAACCAUGCGAGGACAUUCUCCUGACCCCCGCAGCUGUGUCUGAAGUGGCCGUCAAAGUUCUCAACAGCUGCCUGGCGACCAUGCCUGCAGCCACUAGGAACCCACCCUGUUUGUCCAGGCCCCAGUCCUUCCUGUGGGUGACUAAAUGGGUCGACUACUCAAACAAAUACGGUUUUGGCUACCAGCUGUCGAACCAAAGCAUCGGAGUGCUCUUCAAUGACGGAACACGCCUCAGCCUUUGUGAUCAACGCAAGACAGUCCACUACUGCUUGCCCAACAACAAACACUUCACCUUCCCUGCCAACGCUCUACCUGAGCAGCUUCGCAGUCAGAAACAAAUUGUAGAGCUCAUGGCCAACUACAUGGAGCAGAACCUUAUGGAGGGUGGAGAUCUACAUUGUGAAGAUCAAGUAUCGGGUUGUCCUCCUCUGCUGCUCCAGUGGGUGAAGACCGACCAUGCUCUUGUCAUGCUCUUCAACAAUGGCACUCUACAGGUUAACUUCUACGCAGACCACACCAAGAUCAUCCUGUGCAAGUCAUCUGAUGACUCCUACCUGCUCACUUACAUCAGCCGGGAGCGCGUCUCAUACACUUACCUCCUCAGCAUGCUGAAUGAGAUGGGCUGCACCUCCGAACUGAGGCACCGACUGCGAUACGUGGUCCAGCUGCUCCAACACCACGCUGAUGCCUGAGAACACAGCUCUGUGCCUCCCAGGCUGCCUGAUUGGGCAGAUGCCUUAGAGGCGACCUGACUGGUUACCACCUCUUCUUAGGCAGCCUGACUGGUUGAUAUAAUUUCUCAAGGCAGCGCCGGGACAAGCAGACGGGAUGGAAGGGCUGCUCUGUGGAGCUGGGCAAAUAUUCUUGUCUGAACUGGUGCUUAGGCAGCUGAUUAUCUGAUUGAUUGACCUUGAUGAACAUCAAGCAGUCAGGAAGUUGCCCGAUGCAGCAUCUGCCUCAAGGGUUUGUGCCUGUCCAGCUUAUGCCUCAAAGGUAUCCACCUGGAAGGUAUUGAUACCUGAAAUAAGAGACUCCUACCUGGCCUGAAAUGAUGGAUCCCUCACAGGCAGAUGCCUAAAUGAACACCCACACUCCCACUUACCUUCCCUCACUCACUCAGAACCACUGCUUCUUGGCUGGAUCUUUUCAAAGCCACCAACCAACCCUGCAGCUUUUCAGCUUCCUCUGAUAGCCGAUACCCCAGGCAUGGUUUCUCAAAGGUAUCUAAACACUAAAAUUGUCUUUUUCGCUUGCAACGGAACAAGGAUAAUCUUGCAGCUGGAAUUCUUUUUAGGCUCCGUUCUCCAAAAAGUAUUUUAGCAGCAAGGUCAUCCAUGUCGUUGACUUGCACUGGAACCGUGAUCUUGCAGCAGAGAUGCUUUGGGAAGAACUGUGGUUUGAUUAGAGAGAGAGAGAGAGAGAGAGAGAGAGAGAGACCCUCACACCCUCGGUUGGUUUCUGGCCUCUGUGAACUAUGGUGCACACAAUUGUUGUUUUUUUUUUUUUUCUCGUUUUUAAAAUAAGAAAAAAAAUUGAGCCAGCUCUAGGAUCACACUACGAUCUUGACCUCACAUGCACAAAUAACAUUCCUGGCCUUAUUUGAUGAUGGUGAUGCUAAGGUGUGAAGAAAGUUCUUCUGAGCCGACAUCACUUUUGUCUUUUUUUUUGUUAUCGUUAGAAACAAAUUUCACUGAUGUGGUACACAACAUACUAAAGGGGCUAUGGGAGCAACACGAUUUUGCACUCUGUUUUUUUUUAUUUUUUCCUUGAUUUGUAAAUUCAUCUGGAGAACGAAAACCUUUUUACUACCACUUGUUAUAUUUUAUUUGUUUUUAACUAGAUACCAAAAGGCAUUUUUUUUGUUGGUUUUUAAAAUGAUUGUUUUAAAUUCACAAUACCAUAGGUGAAUAUGUGUGUGUGUGCCACACAUGUGCUGGUAAACAAAACUGUUGGUUGAAAAAUGAGGGCGGGGAGGGGUGAUAAAAGUGCCUUUCUGAGGGAUGACUGUAUAGUGCAAUAACAACCCUUUGUGAAUGUCAAGCUGGAUACAAACAAGAUUCGAGAGAUGGGUUUUACAGGUGGGAUUUACUUUUGUACUUUGAGCAAAGUGUAAAAGUAAGUCUGAUAGCACUACACUCUCACUACCUGGUAUAAGCUUUUAGAACAACUGGUAACAUAAGUAUAUAUCCCAGUAAUAUCUACUAUGGAAAAAA